CUGCACUUCGCUGUCCUCUGUUUCAAACUGCUGGAGAGUUCUGAGAGCAUCUCAACUCAGGAGCUCUGUGCAAGUGAAGAAGAUUCUUUUGACUGUAAAGAUGAAGAGUCUGCUUUUUCUGGUGCUGACUUCUAUCUGCUGGGCUGAACCUCACUCUGACAAUUCAAGUCUGGAGCAUGAAAGAAUUGUUCACAUUCAAGGAAAUGGACCCCGUCUACUUGUGGUAGCAGAGCAAGCUAAAAUCUUCUCCCACCGCGGUGGCAAUGUCACACUGCCAUGUAAGUUUUACCACGAACACACAUCAACAGCUGGCUCAGGAACCCACAAGAUCCGGAUCAAGUGGACCAAACUCACCUCAGAUUACCUCAAAGAAGUGGAUGUCUUUGUUGCAAUGGGACAGCACAGAAAGAGCUACGGAAACUACCAGGGCAGAGUGUUGCUGAGGGAAAGCAGUGAGAACGAUGCCUCUCUUAUAAUUACAAAUAUAAUACUGGAGGAUUACGGGAGAUACAAAUGUGAGGUGAUUGAAGGAUUAGAGGAUGACACAGCGGUGGUAGCUCUGAAUCUGGAAGGCGUUGUAUUCCCUUACUCUCCACGGCUGGGUCGUUACAACUUAAACUUCCAUGAGGCUCAGCUAGCAUGCCUGGACCAAGACUCCAUUAUUGCCUCCUUUGACCAGCUCUAUGAUGCCUGGAGGUCAGGGCUGGACUGGUGUAAUGCAGGCUGGCUCAGCGACGGCUCUGUGCAGUACCCCAUCACCAAGCCCAGGGAGGCCUGCGGAGGGAAGAACACAGUGCCUGGGGUCAGGAAUUACGGGUUCUGGGAUAAAGAUAAAAGCCGAUAUGAUGUCUUCUGUUUUACUUCAAACUUCAAUGGUCGUUUUUACUACCUAAUUCAUCCAACCAAGCUGACCUACGAUGAAGCAGUCCAGGCGUGUUUGAAGGAUGGAGCUCAGAUUGCCAAAGUUGGCCAGAUCUUUGCUGCCUGGAAACUCCUGGGGUAUGACCGCUGCGAUGCCGGCUGGCUGGCUGACGGCAGUGUCCGCUACCCAAUCUCCAGGCCAAGGAAACGCUGCAGUCCCAACGAAGCAGCUGUUCGCUUUGUAGGCUUCCCUGAUAAAAAGCACAAGCUGUAUGGUGUCUACUGCUUCAGAGCAUACAACUGAAAAUACCUAGAGCACGAAAGUCUUAAAUUCAUUAAAAAUAUGUGAAAAAUUUCUUUUCGAUAUGAACUCAUGCAAGUUACCAAAACUGUGAUAAACCUUUUUUACUUACUGUAAGAGUCAUUUUCAUUAACCCAACCCAUUAAUUUUUGUUUUAUUUUGGGGGGGGGUUUUUGAGUAUUUUUUUAAAGUACCAUUCCAUAGAUAUUUUAAAUUAAUAUAACUUAACGGAAGCUCUAGGUAAGGA